AUGUUGUAUCGGUCGGUGUCGGUGUGGUUCGUUUUCGCCCUCUUCGUUAGCCAACUUCAUUCCGGGCAAGCAACAGACCUGCCAGGCUCCGGUGGACCCAAUGCUGCUGAUAUUUUCAACGCCUGGGGAUAUAGCUACCGGUUCAACGUAGACGAUGUCCGCGUGCUCUAUACGGCCUCAACAGCGCUGGAGAGCGUUCUGUCCUACCUUGCCGGCGACCUCUCCUUCACCGUGGGUGAAGUGACGCUCACCCAACAGCAGCUCGAGGAAUACAAUGGCACGGAGAUACCCAUGGUCGCCGGAGCGGUUACCGUCGUCUACAACCUGGGUAGCACAAUUUCGAGCUCCGACCCUCCCCUGGUGUUGGAUCGGACCACGCUGGUUUACAUCUGGCUUGGUGUGAUCAACCAGUGGGACCACCCCGCCAUUACCGCGCUCAAUCCCGCCCUCUACGCCGCCGGCAAACUGCCCAGUGCCACCAUUACGCUCGUCUACAACACGCAGGGCUACCUCGACAUCACAAACAGUUUCAUGAAUGCGCUGGGGCGAAUGGACGCGACAUUUGGGGCUGUCUUCGCGGGUGUGCAGAACACGUAUGAGUACCUGCCUUUGGCCUUCCCAUUGUGGAAUGGAACCGCCGUGGGCUAUGCGGCGCCGAGCGACAGGAUCGCACACGUCCAGGGAAACGAGUACUCGAUGACGUACAUAGCGUGGAACGACGCGCGCGAUCUCGAUCUGCCUUCGAUUUCCUUGUACAACAGGGCCGGCAAAUAUGUGAGGCCCUCGCUUGCCACCAUCAAGAGCGCCUUGUCGGACUACCAGAAUUCCUCCAGUUUCGUUGUCGACAUCUCUGAUGGCCCUGGCGAGCAGUCGUGGCCCCUCUGCCAUUUCAUGUACAUCCUCCUUUCCUACAACAGCUCUGGCGCCUCUGAUUGCAGCCAAGUCGACACCCUGCUGCGUUUCAUCGCCUGGAUCCAGCUCAACGACAACGCCGGGAGCGUAGCCGAAGAAAAGGGGUUCGUGCCCAUCACCAGCAACAUCAAGAAGCGGAUAUUCGAUGAUCUGUACAAGGUCACGUGCAAAGGAAAACGGUCCUUUUCCACCGCCGUCCUCCUCGGCUCCGGCGCCAGCUCGCCCGUCUACCCCACGUGGGCCAAUGACUUUGGGUCGAGCACGUUCAAGCUCAAGUACCAAACCACCACCGACGAGAGCGCACUCGGAGAGAUACUGGGCCAGAAUCUGGACUUUGCUGCCAUGUCCACCGCAAUCGAUCUCACGUCCCUUGGCGACAACGAUCUGGCCUCACUGCCAGUGGUCGCCCACGCAGUGGUGCCGGCCUACAAUCUCCCCAACGGAGCCAGCCAGCCGCCGCUGGUGUUCGACCUGCAAACGCUCGCGGACAUCUGGAUGGGUUGCAUCACCCGCUGGAACCACGCCAACAUCACCCGACUCAAUCCGGUCAACGUGACCCUGCCGGACCACGACAUCGUCGUGGCCUACACGGCCACCGACGCGGUCCAAACCCUGCUGUUCACCUCGGCGCUGAGCGCCAGCGUGCCCGCAUUUGCCACACAGUUGAACUUGACCGGGCUUAGCGGCUCCUUGGUGACCGAUGCGGACGAGAUGGCCCGUCAGAUUGCCUCGACGCCGUAUUCCUUUACCAUGUGGAGCUUCCCCGACUUCUACUACACCCGCAAGAUCCAAAUAGGAAGCAUGGUCGAUGUGUCCGGGGACAUUGUGCGCCCCGACGCGACCGCACUGCUGACCGCCCUCUCCGACUACUAUGCAAGCGGCAGCCCACAGAUCGGGAGCCAGACGUCAGAUGCCGCGAUAGACGUGGCGUCAAGGGUGGGGAUGGUGGUGGGCUCCGACUUGUCAGUAAUCAAGAGCCACAUACUCACCGUGCUCAGCAAUGUCACCUGCGGUAAUGUUCUUGUCGGCCGAUUGCACGGGUGUGUGGCCGACGGGAUGAUCUGCUCCGACCAUGGCACUUGUGUGGCCAACAAGUGCAGCUGCAACAACUCACGAACGGGCACCUAUUGCGACCUGGUCGUCUCCUCCUCGCACGACACACUGACCACUGCGCUUGCCGCCGUGCUGGUGCCGGGCGGCGUGAUUCUGUUCCUGCUCAUCGUCGCCGUGAUCCUUUUCGUUCUCUUCGGACGGCGUCGAAGAGAACGAAACGAGUGGGAGAUCGACCUGGCCGAAUUGGAGCUCGGCGAGCAGCUGGGAACGGGAGGGCAUCCCAACGUGGUGCUGUUCAUGGCGGCCUGCACCAAGAAGGGGAGCAUGUGCAUCGUGAUGGAGCUCAUGGCCUUGGGUAGCCUUCACGACUUCCUUAACAACGAUUUGGUACCUGCGGUGCCCUUCGCGCUGAGCGUCAAGCUGGCCUACCAGGCGGCCAAGGGCAUGCAUUUCCUCCACUCGUCCGGGAUCGUGCACCGCGAUCUCAAAUCCCUCAACCUGCUGCUCGAUACCAAAUGGAACAUCAAGGUGAGCGAUUUCGGUCUUACCAAGUUCAAGGCGGAGAUGAAGAGGACUCAGCCCAACCAGCUGCAGGGCAGCCUCCACUGGACCGCGCCCGAAAUUCUCAACGAGAGCGACGGCGUCGAUUACACCCUCGCCGACGUCUACUCUUUCGGAAUCAUUCUGUGGGAACUGGCGACCAGAGAGCAACCCUACCAGGGAAUGAGGCAAACAACUUCCCUCGCUCCCCCGGCGGCGAUCGCUGUGAGCGUGAUCCGGGACAACCUGCGACCGCAUCUGCCGUCCAACGAUGGCGCGAUGGCCCCCGAGUUCUUCCAGCUCAUGGAGAACUGCUGGCACGCCGAUCCCAUGAUUCGCCCCACCUUCCUGGAGGCAAUGACACGACUCGCGUCCAUGCAGGAUGACUCAAGCACUCGGUCCUCUUCCUCCCAAGGUUCGAGCGUGAAGGAGCGCGGCGGCCUGGUGGGGGCCACCAUCGUCGGCCCGCCCGACGGCGAACUCACGAUCCUGUUCUCGGACAUCACCCGCGCCGCCUCCCUCUGGGAAUUCAACGCUUCGGCCAUGAAGGAGGCCACCCUCCUCCACAACCAACUCCUGCGCUCCCUCCUCUCCAAAUACCGCGGCUACGAGGUGGUGUUCAUCAAGGACAAGGUGAGCGGCGAGGGCUCGUUCUGUAUGGCCUUCCAGCAGCCGACGGACGCCCUGGAGUGGUGUAUGGAGGUACAGCAGGAGCUGCUCAAGGUGGAGUGGCCCGAGGGGCUGCUCGACCACCCGGGCGCCGUCGAGGAGUGGGGCGACACCGACGAUCGCGUCAUCUUCCGCGGCCUGCGCGUCCGCAUGGGCGUUCACCUGGGAAAGCCUCGCAUGGUUCGAGAUGCGAUGACGCGAAGGGUCGAGUACAUCGGGUCGGUGGUCAAUGCGGCCGCGCGCAUCACGUCGGUCACCAACGGGGGCCAGGUGCUGAUGUCGAACGCGGUCUACGAGAAGGUCUGCGAGACCGAGCUGGGCCGGGAGAAGAACCGGGUGGUGCCGCUGGGCCGCCUGGAGAUGCCCGACACGGCCGACCACAAGAGCACGCGGCUGUGGGAGCUCCGGGUGCGCGGGCUGGAGGACCGGUUCCUAAACGGCAACCUCCACCGCGGCCACAGCAACGAGAGCGAAACGCCGGCGACCACGAGCGAGGAGGACGGGGGCGACUUGAUGUCCGAAGUGGAGCCGAUGGAGGACCGCAUGGCGUUCAAGGAGGACAACUUCUUGACUUCGGCCAAUCUAUGCCGGUGGGUCAUCGACUACAAGGAAAUCCAGCUCGGGAAACAGGUGGGCAUGGGGAGCUAUGGAGUGGUCUACCGCGGGCGGUGGAAGGGCGUCGAGGUGGCGGUGAAGAAGUUCAUGAAGCAGAAGCUCGACGAGCGACGCAUGCUCGAAUUCCGCGCCGAGAUGGCAUUCCUCUCCGAGCUCCUCCACCCCAGCAUCGUCAUCUUCAUCGGCGCAUGCGUGAAGCGGCCCAAUCUGUGCAUCGUGACCGAGUUCGCCAGGAACGGAUCGCUCCACACAAUCCUGCACGACCACAGCAUGCGCCUCCCGUGGCAGCAGCGGCUGCGCAUGCUCCGCGACGCCGCCCUCGGCGUCCACUACCUCCACAGCCUCUCCCCGUGCAUCGUCCACCGUGACCUCAAGCCAGCCAACCUUCUCGUGGACGAGAACUGGAACGUGAAGGUGGCUGACUUCGGGUUCGCGCGCAUCAAGGAGGAAAACGCCACCAUGACCCGCUGCGGCACCCCAUGCUGGACUGCGCCGGAGGUGAUUCGCGGGCAAAAGUACAGCGAGAAGGCGGACGUGUACAGCUUCGCGAUCGUGAUGUGGGAGGUGCUGACCCGCAAGUACCCCUUCCAAGGGCGCAACUUCAUGGGCGUCUCGCUGGACGUCAUGGAGGGCCGCCGGCCGCCCGUCCCCGGCGACUGCCCGGUCGUGUUCAGCAAGAUCAUGAGGAAGGCGUGGCAAGACACACCCGAGAAGCGGCCGGCCAUGUCGGACAUCCUCGCCACCCUCAACCACCUCAUCGGCGACGACGCCAGUGGUGUUGGCGCCUGA